AUGGACGACCUCGACAUCACGCAGACGUACUCGUACCGAGGCGUGCGGUUUCUUCGCUCGGCGGCUUCACGGGCAGGCAGCCUCGUCCUCGCUCCGCCACGGUAUGCGGCGAGGCGGCUGGUACCGGACAGGGUCAGAGGAUGGAUGCCGAGCGUCCUCUUGCGCGAAGGAGCGGGUGACGGCAUAGCAGGCGGCAUGAGCGGCAUGGGAGGAUCCGCCGGUUCGGCGGCGACAGCAGCGGCGUCAGGAGCAGCAGAAGGAGCGGGUACAGCAGGCGCACAAGGAGCGGCAGACGCCGCGGCAUACGUCCUCCCGGCGCCCAUCACCUUCCUCACCUCGCCCUACCUCCUCGUCUCCAUCGCCCUCGGCUUCUUCCUGCACCGCGUGCACCACCUCGUUCCUCCCCGCGACGCCAUCUCUCCCACUGCAGCGCAGCGACAAGGCGUCCGCCAGCGGGGCCUCGAGCGAGUCCUCAGCCUCCCCGUUCAGCUCGGCGUGCGGAUACCGGCCCUCUUGCUCGUCCUCCGCGCGUGCAUCGCCCUUGUGCUCGCCAUUGCCGUCAACAAGGGCUGGACAGAUGCAGCGUGGCUCGGGAAGGAUGCUGAGGUCGGAGUCAUGGGCGGCGUUGCGAAGACCUGCGCGCAGACGUUGGUAUGGUCAACGGCGUGGGCGGGCAAAGGCGCGCUCGGCAAGCUCGUCUCGUCCGGAAACGCAAGUUCCGCGCUCGAGCACUCGUCGCUCCUAUGGCAGACCUACGUCGCGGUCGCCGUCUCGAUGACCUGCGAGAACUUUGUCCGCUCCCUCGCCGACGACCUCCCCUCGCCGUCGCAUAUGAACCUCCUCUCCUUCGCCUUCCUCCUGCACAUCAACUCGUACGGAACGACUGGCGCCGGUACAAGCAUCAAGGGCUCGACGCAGACCUAUCUCUACCUCCUCAUCUGCCUCCUCGAAAUUCUCACCCUUCAAGCCUCGUACGCCCUUCCCGCCAUCCGGCUCGCCUACUCCCGCGAGCCCAUCACACUCCAACAUCGCCGCCGGAUCCUCACAGCCCGCUCGUCCCGACUCGCCAUCACCGCGUUCUACUCCUUCGUCGGCCAGGCUUUCGCGAUGCGCGCGUGGGCGCAUUUGUUCGGCUUUGUCAGGACCGGGAGUACGGAGGAUGUCGAAGAGGUCAUUGCGGGUCCGGUGUGGCUGAACAAGCUGCCCGAGGUUGUGUUCGAGGUCGUGGUCGGGCUGAGCGUCGCGUUGAAGCUGGCGGCGGCGUUGAUCCGCGGUGAAGAGCUCACCUUCAACAACCUCGUCGGCCAGCCUGCGACGGCGCCGAGUCCUGACGAAGACUACGCUAUCGCUCUCGUCAAGUACACGACGCACAUCCUCUCGUCGACCCGCCUCUCCGGCCUCGCCUACGAGCUCUCGCCGCUCGAAGUCCUCCCUCUCUCCAUCUCGACCACCCUCGAGUCGAUCGGCUUCAUCGACCCUCCUCCCUGCGACGACUUCGAGUGUCCCGUGCACGGCGCCGAGAACCGCGAGAAGGAGCGCAAGCGGCGGGAUGCACGAUCGGAAACGGGCGAGGUCAUUCUUCGGAGGAACGGCGAGGUCGUCAUCUUUGACCGAGUCGGCACGAGCGGCGGCAGCGUAAUCAAGCGGCGACGAGUUGCGGGCGAAGCAGUCGAGCGCGGCUUCGAGCGCGAGAUCGGCCGAGUUGUCGUCGAGCCGAAUCGCAGCGAGCUCCUCCCUCGCCUCGAAUACCACGAGGCGCUUGACGAGGCGCUCGACCGCGACUUCGAGGUCGAGCAGGACCUGGUGGGCGGCAGCAGGCGGAUCGUCUGGCGGCGCUUCUGGCGCGUCCUCUUCCGCGUCGGGUUCUACGUCGUCUACCGCGUCCUGCGGGCGGUCAAGGUUGGAGUGGCAAAGGUGACGGGCUGGGGAAGGGACGAGGGAGCGAUGCAGGACGGAUGGCGGGUGCAGGCGCGAGGCAGGUCGAGGAGCUGUACCCCGGCUCCGCAGGGUCGCGAGGGCGAGGAUGACGAGGACGAUGAGGACUACUCGCCCGAGGAGUCGGACGAUGAGGAGGACUUAGCUAUCAUGCAGGUGCAUGGGCGGGCGGGGAACGUUCGGGAGGAGAUGCAUUCGGAAGAGGCGGAGGACGAGGUCGACCCGAUGACGCUGUUCUCCGACCUGUCCACCGCCGCCACUCGCUCUUCCGCCAAUGCACCGACACCUGAGGAACUCGCACCCUACCUCCUUGCUCAUCACCUCUCCGGCUCGUCCACCCCGCUCACCCGCCGCCGCUACCGCGCCCUCCUGCCCUCUUCGUCCUCCAACUCGCCUUCCCCAGGUCCGAGCAACAGUCUCGCCGCGCUCUCGACCGCCAUCUCGCAGCGUAGAAACGAGGUCGUCGAGUCUGCGCCGCAUGGCGAUGUCGAGCGGUGGAUGGAGGAGAAGCGCGAAGAGUGGAGGGAGAGCAGGUCGCGCUUCUGCGUUGUCUGUACGGUAGAGGAGCGGACGAUCGUCCUAUGGCCAUGUCGCUGCCUCUGCCUCUGCGACUCGUGCCGAACCACGCUGUCCGAACGGUCGACUAUUGCCUCGCUUGACAAUGCCGACGCUGCAGGAGGCACUGGACGCGGCAACGCACUGUGCCCGACUUGCAGGACGCCCGUGCAAGGGUUCAGCCGGAUCUUUGUACCGUAA